AAACUUGGCGGGAAGACUCUUCUGGUACCUCUGUCUCACGCCCCUCCCUAGGAAUCAAAUCAACGACACGGUCGGUGAAUUGAUGGAUUAGGCUGGUUAUUCUUGGACCAAUUCGACUUCACAAGAAAACUGGGAAGCCUCUGGGAUCUUUCGAAGCAUUGUUGGGUUACUGCGACCUCCACAUCAUCUCGGCUGGAUAUUCGAGCGUGUCGCUGAAGAGGUGCUCGUCACUGUAGAGUGGACACAACAGGGAGUUGAUCGAGACCUCACCCCGUUGUUGCUAGUAUGGACGUCACAGCUCUGUUGAACGCGUCUUCGGCGGCUCACAGGCAGGCUCAAGGUUCUGUAGACCAGACACCUACGCCUUCGGUGGCUGACGGGUCGAUAACGUGCUCAUCAACAGUACGAACACCAUCUCCAGAGAAGGCACUAUCCAGGAGGACGAGCGAGUCGAGAACGCCGAAUCGCAGCAGGACGCCUUGGGAUGCUGGCGGCUACUCACUGCCUCUGACGUUGGACACCAAGGCAACGCAAGCAUCAGCACGGCCAGCAUUCUAUAACGAUUCACCUGUGGGCUCUGCGAGUCCUAAGUCUCCACGGCACAAAUUUUCCGACAGCCACAGCAGCUUGUCGUCAUACACAUCGUCUUCGAACUCAGCGGUACAUUCGAGGUUCUCGUCGCUGUCAACAGUCAGCGGGUUCCAUACGAUGCCUACCGUCAUUACAGAUGUAUCCGCACUCGAUUCGCGAUGCUGCGACAACAUAGAUUCUGCAAUAAGCCGUACGUCCAUGCCCGAUCUCCCCAAACGAAGAAAAGAUGGAGUUGUGUCGCCAACAACAAUAGUGGAAGAGCCCACCAUGCUUGGGUCGAGGAGGCCAGACUCUCCAUCCGAUGCCAUGUUGAUAUCGAGAGGGGCUCAAGGCUUGGAUCAGAUGAGCCCCCAGGAAACUGCGAAUCCCAGAGAUUUAAAAAAUGAUUUGAACUAUCUCAUACCUCCUGAACUAUCCAAAACACACAAAAGAGCAGUUUCAGCACCCGACUUUGCUGCUCUUGGCGCCAUAGAUCAGACGUAUCCUCCCUUGCCUUCAACUCUUCAGCCCACACCACCGCCCUCUCAACAAGACGAUCGUCGCUCAAGCUACGUAAUGGACGCAAACUUGGCCAGCUCCCCGGUUGACGACGGUCUGCCUGCCUUGGAUGAGAGUAUCAAAUGUAUGUACGUGGACAACUGCGAUACUGGGUCCCAGCCGCGUAAGGCCAUCUCGCACAUCUUUGGCCGCAACAAGUUGUGUACCCGCAUGAUCCCCCAGCAUGUCUGGGUCCACUUCUGCCGCAAGCACUACCAGCGCAGCCGAUACCGCAACGCUCAGGAAUACGCGAAGCUCCAAUGCGAGCUGGUUCAGAAGCAGGUUCGUCGCGUGCAGGCGUGGAGCGACGAGAAUAAGCGCAACAACCAGGCGGGCGUCGUCCAGGACUGGUCUCUAUCGAUCCGCAAGCGCGAGCAAAAGCGACUGGAUGAUCGCAACUCGUCGGGCAAGAAGCGACCGUACCGCGACGAGAGCGAAGACGACGAAGAGGCACUGGACCGUGCCGUCUUGAACGGCACCGCUGUUCCGGCAUGGCUGCUCAGCAAAUGCGGUAACGGAUAUUCGACCGAGACAAUUGAGGCCAUCGUGGCACAGCUUAAGAGCGAGAUGGACUCGAACAACUUGACGCAGAUUCCCGAUAUUGAGAUUUUACCGAACAUCAGCACGGAGCAGGAAGAUGGUAAGAAGAAGCUCGUGCUGCCACGCAAAAAUAGCAGCGGUGGUAGCCACAAGCGUUCCCAGUCAGUUGGAGUGGCUCGCAAUGAGCCCAUCUCCAUGAUGCGCCGCGUCAGCCAACCCAACUUCACGGCUGGCUGGCGCCCUGAGGAUGCCAUGCACUCGUCUCCGAUGGACAAGCGCCAACGCAUUACCGAGUUUUCUCCCUAUGGUGAUCGUCAAGGAGCCAUGCGCCAAGCCACUGAGCGACCUGGCAUGAGAACAAUCCACCGACUUCCCCAUCGCCCGGCAUUUGGCAACAUCCGCGAGAACCAGACUGAGGAGUCGUAUUUCGACGAUGAGGAUGCUCGAGGCUCCCACUACAACUUUGGGGGCCCCUUGCCCGCACCCACUCCCCAGCGACUCGCAUCCCAGCCCAUGGCCGUCCAGCUCGACCCAACCAGCACCCCGCAAGGCUACAUGGACAUGCGACGGCCCAUGCACCAACGUGCGCAUUCCGAGAUGGCACCCUACCACAACACCAAUUUCACCUUCCGCCCUUCGUCAUCUUCUGGCUAUUCUCAGCUGCCUACGUCCUCCUCGGGCUACCCCCCGGUGCCUUCAUCGUCCUCCACCUACCCUUCGGUGCCUCAACCCUACUCCACCGAGGCGAUGCCAUACGAUACUGCCUACAUGCGCACUGAUCCUACCUUUGGCGCGGGUGGUCCUCCCGGCUACUAUGAUGAGUCACCUUUGCAACGCCAAUACGCCGCCCCUCAACCAGUUCAGCAGCUCUGGCAGACGCAGCCUUCGGCCAGCCCGACACCGUACGGUCAGCCCCGUCAUAUGCGUCACCAGAAUACUCCUGGUCCCCAGCAGAUCGUUCCGAGAAUGUCGCCCGUUGAGCAAGACUUGCGCCAGCAGGCUCCCUUUGAAACUCAACCCACGUACCACCGCCGCCAACCAUCGUAUGCACCCACAACCCGACAGAUGGCAUACCGCCCUGUCGAAGAGUCGGAGCAGGGCAAGACUCUCUACUCUGAGCGUCGUUGAAAUCCGCCACCGACUGGAUACCACGGUGUCUUUCUGCGUUCCAUCGAAGCAGACGUCAAUGACCUGGGUACUUUCCUCAAUUUCCAUUCUUCACCGUGUGUUAAUAUGAACAUUAUUUCCACCCUUCGUUUUUACGCGGCAUUCACCACGUUCAACGUGGAUGAUCUUUCGAUGAUACACGAUGAUACAUGACGCGUACUCUAGACUCGGAAACACUUAUUCGACUACGACCAUGAUCACCAUCAAAAGUCGGUCAGUCAC